AUGACGGAAUCUAACCCUUCAAUCUCUGCGAGCUCGACGUCGAACCCGUCUCAAAACAACGACUUAAACGACACACAAGGCAGCCCAGAAAUGAGAGAUAGUAAAGGCUGGGAUGGCAAGUCGCGUGUCGAGCAUCAUGCCGUGCUGGCCAGCCAAGAAGAUCCCGAAGAUUCAGAUGAAAAUGCUCUACCUCCACAAGAGAUUGAUGCAGAUGAAGAUCUGCUUUCGGAGUUGAGCAAUGAUGUUGACGACAUCGAUCUGGUCCAUUGCCGCAUAACGUCACUUCCAGCACUUCAUUUGGAACGUUUCACGAAUCUAGAGAAACUCUGCCUCCGGCAAAACCAAAUAUCCCGACUCAGCUUCCCCGAAAACCUUUGGCCAACACUCACCGACUUAGAUCUCUAUGACAAUAUGAUAUCGCAUAUCAAAGGGCUAGAACACCUCUCCAAACUCACUAGCCUGGACUUUAGCUUCAACAAUAUCAAACAUAUCAAGAAUAUUUCGCACCUGGUGCAUCUGAAGGAUCUAUAUUUCGUGCAGAAUCGAAUACAGAAGAUCGAGGGGCUGGAGGGGCUAAAAGAAUUGAGGAAUUUGGAGCUCGCUGCGAAUAAGAUUCGAGAUAUCGAAAAUCUGGACUCCCUCAUAGGUUUAGAGGAGCUCUGGUUAGGAAAGAAUAAAAUCACCGAAAUCAAGAAUAUUGACGCCCUCGCCAACUUAAAAAUCAUCUCUCUCCCCUCAAAUCGCCUAACAAACAUUUCCGGCCUCUCAAACCUCCCCAACCUCGAAGAACUCUACGUCUCCCACAACGCCAUUACCGCCAUAUCUGGCCUAGAAAAUAGCACCAACCUCCGCGUCCUCGACAUUUCUAACAACCGAAUCAGCACACUAGAAAACCUUUCCCAUCUCUCCCAUCUUGAGGAGCUGUGGGCAUCUAACAACCAAUUUGCCAGCUUUGAGGAAGUGGAGCGCGAGCUAAAGGAUAAAGAGGAGCUUAAGACGGUGUAUUUCGAGGGGAAUCCUUUACAGACGAAGUGUCCGGCUUUGUAUAGGAAUAAGGUGCGGCUAACGCUGCCGCAGAUUCAGCAAAUUGAUGCGACGUACGUCCGUGUGUUGUGA